CUGUUAUUCUGAUUCAAAUCUCAAGCUGGUCACAGGAUAGAAGCAGACUGCCUAUGCUUCAGAGUGGCAGGCUGUACAAGAUGGAUGGCCAUGCUCUGCUCUUGAGACUGCUUUUGCUGGUUUCCACAGUGGCUAUUACACUUCAUGCUUUUUCUGGGACAACAGUAUCUCCCCAAAAUGCUACCUUCUCUUUCAAAAGUCUAAAUCUUACGAUUCAGGAAAUUAAAGAUUUUGUAUACAAUUACCGUAUCAGAGAGUGUUGGGAUUUGUUUACUGGGCAGAUGGCCAAUAUCAGCAAAAUAUAUUGGUGUGAUUGGAAGACUAUUCUCAGGCCAUACAGUCACCUGACAGACUGCCUGGAAAAUGAAGCUGAUAAACUGCUGAUAAACUACCCCAAUUCCAUGGCUGAGGAAUACAUCAUCAUCAGCCAUCAUGAAUACUUCCUCAAUUGCACCCUGCAGAAUCAACCUCUCAAAGAUCCUCCUGAAAAUAUUUUGCUGGCUCUCAUCAUAACCCCCAUCUGCCUUAUUCCUUUCUUGGUUGCUCUUGUUGUGUUGAAGAGCAAAGAUGGUGAGAUGCAUAUGUGAGUCCUAAAUUUUAUGAAGUAGUGUGAUAGGGUCUCCAUGGCCUAAGCAGCACAAUUGCAACACUCAAUUCUUGAGAAUUAUGAAAUUCACCCUACCUAGUCUAAUAAUAUUAUCUAGCAUGAGCCAUUGCACUGGAGACUAUUGAUUGAAGUGCUGAAUGAGGGCACGUUGUACUAAAAGAAGGGUAAUAGAAAGAGCAAAGCCAUACUCCAUCACCAAGGCAAAUGCUGAUGUAUGUAUGCUUCAGUUAUAACCUGAUUUAACAUUACUGCCUAUCUUAUUCUGAAUGAAUUAUGAGAACUAUAGACAAAUUGGGCUACUGGAAAUUCUUAGUGAGAAUUUCCUAGACUCUUUACAGAAUUGCUUUUUGUGAGACACCAAAGCAGUGAAAGAUUUUAGGGUGGAUAGAGAUAAGUCAAACAUAUUGUAUGUGAAUGUUUUUUUCUGUUAGAAAGAAAAUGGUAAGUUCUUAUGUGCCCUUCUUUUUACAAACUGAUAUUUUUGUCUUUCCACCCAAACUCUCAUCCAUGCUUAUAAUUGUCAGAUGGUUAUGCUGUAUAAAAUAGUGUUUUUCCAUGUAGGCAAAUUGUUAGGAUAAUGUCCCUUGUCUUUCUCCCUAUUAAGAUUAUGGCAAGCUCUGGCUAUCCCAAAUGUGGACUUCUUUUUGUAAGUAAUCUGAACUAACGAGAUGAAAUGGCAUCUGCCCUCAAUGCCUUCUUUUCAGUUACAAGUUUCACUCUACUCACUUCAACCUAAACAUUUGCUCAAUAUGCAGGAUAUGUCCAAGAUCUCCAAGGAAUUACAUAAAGCUGCAUUUCUCUCCUUCAGCAAGAUGGAAUAGAAAAAAUACAGAAAAUAUCUGCUAAAUGGAUCAAGAAAAUGAACUGAAAGUUGGUUUAAGUUUAGCAAAAGGAAUUAUGAGGGACAUACAUGACAAAAGACAAUUAAAUAGUGAACAGUUAGUAGAAAUGACAACCUAGAAGAGUUCAACAUAGUCACAUUUUGGCCAUUGUGUGAUACUCUUGUAACUAUUUUUAAAAUGCAAUGCAAUUACAUUUUCCUAUACUAGUAGCAUAGUACUAUUGAGACAAAUUAGAGCUAUUGGCUCUUUCACAAUUAACUUCCUCCUUGCAUCCUCUUACUUUUUUCUCUCCAACAUUUUAGUAGCAACAUUGAUUUUAACAAACCCUAUUAACAUAAUAUUAUUGCUUGACUAUGGCACUCUAACUUAAGCUCUAGAAGCUAUAUAUUGAUAUUUCAUAAAAGCAAUUUCCCUUCCAUUAUGUGUACUGCAAAGGAAGACAUUUAGAUAAAUUCAAAAACUAUGUUCAAUAUUUUUUGGGAAUUGAAGAAUAAAAUUUCCAUGGUUCUUCAGUAUCUAUUAUCUUUCACCUUGAUAACCUCUGUAAUCAAUUCUUUUUUGAGAAGUUCUCAAGUUGAAAUAUCCUGGCCCCCACAUGAGUGACAUACAGAAAUUACUGAAGAAGAACAACAGAUACAACACAUCAGCAAAUGGAUAAACUGGGCAGUUUUACUAGACAUUCUUCAUUUAUCAUAAUUGUUUUCCUGGGACACAUGUAUUUGUCUUCAUUCAUGUUUUCUUAGAAGUGAGCAUUUGAUUAUUCUUUUUCUGUAGCUUUUUUCUUUCUGUAUGAUAAAUAAAUGAAAACUGAAAGGAAAUUAGCAAUUAAAAUAGAACCUCAAUGCCAGAAAAUGUUUCCUUGUCAUGAUACAGAUAUCCUAUAACCGAAAUUGCAGAAAAAACAUUGAUGUUCAGUAGUUUGAUUUAAGUAUAAGUAUAAUCUUUAUUGUCAUUGGACUUAAAUACAAUGAAAUUGGUUAAAUACAAUGAAAUUUGCUAAUAAGUAUCCUUUCUGGGUAAUUCCUUUCAUAGGGAAUAAUUUCUCUUUUUGUGCUUCAAAUGGCAAUAAAGAUUAUGGUAUUCUGUUAAAGUCUCUUUGUCCUAAACAGUGCUUUGUUGUUUUUUUUUAUUAUGAGAAUGUAUUCACUUUAGUUUUGUUCUCUUUCAUUUUGUAUACCAUCUCAAAUAUCUGAAGGACAGUGCAAUGAUUUAUUAAUGUUUCAGAUAAAAUAAACAUAGGACAUACUAAG